ACACUCAGAAGGACAAAUAGACGAUGAGUGAGCUGGUUGCUAUGUGCGUACAGGAGGAAGAGCGUAUGAGGUUGGAUCGCACUACCGAUGUUGCUAAUUUCACUACCUCCAACUCUAAGAAAAGGAAGAACAAUCAUCAGAGAAAGGAUGCUUCAAAAGUCCAAAGGUCUAAUCCUAAUACAAGUGCACCUUCCAGCUCUAAGAACUCCUUAGGCAGAAUCCGCUACAAGUUCUGUAAAAAGGCAGGACAUAUGCAGAAGGAAUGCCCUGACUUUAAGGAGUGGCUGGCUAAGAAAGGGAUUCCUUUCAAUCCGGAAGCUGGAAAGAAACCAAAGAACGCUUAAGGUUGG